UGGCGGCGACUGGCGCGGGUCGGUGAGGCGGUACCGGGCGGGGGAUCUCGGGUGUCAUGGGCGGUGGCGGCGGUACCGCCCCUGUGUCUUCCUGAGCGGGACGGCAGGUGGGCUCUGCGCCGAGCCGGGCGAUGGACGGGAGCGGCGAGCUGGGCGGGCUGGAGACCAUGGAGACGCUCACGGAGCUGGGCGACGAACUGACCCUAGGGGACAUCGACGAGAUGCUGCAGUUUGUCAGCAAUCAAGUGGGAGAGUUCCCGGACUUGUUUUCCGAGCAGCUGUGUAGCUCCUUCCCUGGUGGCGGCGGCGGCAGCGGUGGCGGAAGUUCCAAUGGUGGCAGUGGCGGCGGAAGUGGCGGGGGCAGCAGCGGCGGUGCCGUGGACCCCUCAAUGCAGCGGUCAUUCAGCCAGGUCCCCUUGCCUUCCUUCUCUCCCUCGGCUGCCUCCCCACAGGCUCCGGCCCUGCAGGUCAAGGUUCCCCCCACCACGGUCCCCAACCCGCCGAGGGCCACUCCAGUUCUUCAGCCCCGCCCCCAGCCCCAGCCUCAGCCCCAGGCUCAGCUGCAGCCACAGACGGUGAUGAUCACCCCCACAUUCAGCACCGCCCCCCAGACCAGGAUCAUCCAGCAGCCCCUGAUCUACCAGAAUGCAGCUACCAGCUUUCAAGUCCUUCAGCCUCAAGUCCAAAGCCUGGUGACGUCCUCCCAGGUGCAGCCAGUUACCAUCCAGCAGCAGGUGCAGACGGUCCAGGCCCAGCGGGUACUGACGCAGACGGCCAAUGGCACACUGCAGACCCUGGCCCCUGCCACGGUACAGACGGUGGCCGCUCCCCAGGUGCAGCAGGUCCCGGUCCUCGUACAGCCUCAGAUCAUCAAGACAGAUUCCCUUGUUUUGACCACACUGAAGACAGAUGGCAGCCCUGUCAUGGCCGCGGUCCAGAAUCCAGCCCUCACUGCCCUCACCACUCCCAUCCAGACAGCCGCCCUGCAAGUACCAACCCUGGUGGGCAGCAAUGGGACCAUUCUGACCACAAUGCCUGUGAUGAUGGGGCAGGAGAAGGUGCCCAUUAAGCAGGUACCUGGGGGGAUUAAGCAGAUGGAGCCCCCCAAAGAAGGAGAAAGGCGGACAACGCACAACAUCAUUGAGAAGCGGUAUCGCUCCUCCAUCAAUGACAAAAUCAUCGAAUUAAAAGACCUAGUCAUGGGGACAGAUGCCAAGAUGCACAAGUCUGGCGUUCUGAGGAAAGCCAUUGAUUAUAUCAAAUACCUGCAGCAGGUCAAUCAUAAACUGCGCCAGGAGAACAUGGUGCUGAAGCUGGCGAACCAGAAAAACAAGCUCCUGAAGGGCAUCGACCUAGGCAGCCUGGUGGACAAUGACAUGGACCUGAAGAUUGAUGACUUUAAUCAGAACGUCCUCUUGAUGUCACCCCCGGCCUCAGACUCAGGGUCCCAGGCUGGCUUCUCCCCAUACUCUAUCGACUCUGAGCCGGGAAGUCCUUUGUUGGAUGAUGCAAAGGUCAAAGACGAGCCGGACUCUCCUCCGGUGGCGCUGGGCAUGGUGGACCGCUCACGCAUUCUGCUGUGCUUCCUCACCUUCCUCUGCCUCUCCUUUAACCCUCUGACGUCCCUGCUGCAGUGGGGAGGGAACCGCGACUCGGACCAGCACCCAUACACAGGCUCCGGCCGCAGCGUCUUAUCCCUUGAGUCAGGUUCUGGAGGCUGGUUUGACUGGAUGAUGCCAACGCUCCUCUUAUGGCUGGUCAAUGGCGUGAUUGUUCUGAGUGUCUUUGUGAAGCUGCUGGUCCACGGGGAGCCGGUGAUCCGACCACACUCUCGCUCCUCUGUCACCUUCUGGAGACACCGGAAGCAGGCAGACGUAGACCUCGCCAGGGGGGAUUUUGCGGCUGCUGCCACCAACCUACAGACUUGCCUUUCGGUUCUGGGCCGGGCACUGCCCACCUCCCGCCUGGAUCUGGCCUGCAGUCUCUCCUGGAACGUGAUCCGCUACAGCCUGCAGAAGCUCCGCCUGGUGCGCUGGCUGCUCAAGAAGGUCUUCCAGCGCCGGCGGGCCACCCCAGCCACGGCGGGCUUUGAGGACGAAGCAAAGACCAGCGCCCGAGAUGCAGCCCUGGCCUACCACAGGCUGCACCAGCUGCACAUCACAGGGAAGCUUUCCGUGGGAUCCGCCUGUUCAGACGUGCACAUGGCUCUGUGUGCCGUCAACCUGGCAGAGUGUGCGGAGGAGAAAAUCCCACCCAGCACGCUGGUCGAGAUCCAUCUGACUGCUGCCAUGGGACUCCAGACCCGUUGUGGAGGCAAGCUGGGCUUCCUGGCCAGCUACUUCCUCAGCCGAGCCCAGAGCCUCUGUGGCCCUGACCGCAGCGCUGUCCCUGACUCCCUGCGCUGGCUCUGCCACCCCCUGGGCCAGAAGUUUUUCAUGGAGCGAAGCUGGUCAGUGAAGUCGACGGUCAAGGAGAGUCUGUACUGUGCCCAGAGGAACCCAGCGGAUCCCAUUGCCCAGGUCCACCAGGCAUUCUGCAAGAACCUACUGGAGCGAGCUGUGGAAGCCUUAGUGAAGCCUCAGGCCAAGAAGAAGGCUGGCGACCAGGAAGAAGAGAGCUGUGAAUUCUCCAGUGCUCUGGAGUACCUGAAAUUGCUGAAUUCUUUUGUGGACUCUGUGGGGAUUGUGACCCCGCCGUUUGCCAGCAGCUCCGUGCUCAAGUCAGCCCUCGGUCCAGAUGUCGUCUGUCGGUGGUGGACAUCUGCAGUCACCAUGGCCAUCAGCUGGCUCCAGGGAGAUGACACAGCUGUGCGCUCUCAUUUUGCCGAAGUAGAGCGUGUCCCCAAGGCCCUGGAAGUGACCGAGAGCCCACUGGUGAAGGCCGUCUUCCAUGCCUGCAGAGCCAUUCAUGCCUCUCUCUCAGGGAAGGCCGAUGGGCAGCAGAGCUUCUGCCACUGUGAGAGGGCCAGCAGCCACCUGUGGAGCAGCCUCAAUGUCAGUGGAGCCGCCUCCGACCCCACCCUCAACCAAGUGGUCCAGCUGCUCACCUGUGACCUGCUGCUGUCGCUGAGGACUGCACUCUGGCAGAAGCAGGCAGGCGCCAGCCAGGCCCUGGGUGAGACCUACCAGGCAUCGGGUGCCGAGCUGGCUGGCUUCCAGCGAGACCUGGGCAGCCUGCGCAGGCUGGCCCACAGCUUCCGCCCGGCAUACCGCAAGGUGUUCCUGCACGAAGCCACCGUCCGCCUGAUGGCAGGAGCCAGCCCUACCCGCACCCACCAGCUGCUGGAGCACAGCCUGCGAAGGCGCACCACACAGAACGCCAAGCAUGGUGAGGUGGAUGCCUGGCCCGGCCAGCGUGAGCGGGCCACCGCCAUCCUGCUGGCCUGCCGCCACCUUCCCCUCUCCUUCCUCUCCUCCCCGGGACAGCGGGCAGUGCUGCUGGCCGAGGCGGCCCGCACCCUGGAGAAGGUGGGCGACCGGCGCUCCUGCAACGACUGUCAACAGAUGAUCGUCAAGCUGGGUGGCGGCACGGCCAUCGCUGCCUCCUGACCGCUGCUCUGCUGUGCGGCACCCUCUCCCUGCCUUCCAGCCUCUUGCUUCCUCCUCCCUCUGGCUCCCAUCCUCUCCCUCCCUCCUCCCUCUGGCUCCCAACUUCUCCCUCCUCCCUCUGUCUCCCAUCCUCUCCUUCCCUCCUCCCUCUGUCUCCCAUCCUUUCCUUCCCUCCUCCCUCUGGCUCCCAUCCUCUCCCUCCCUCCUCCCUCUGGCUCCCAUCCUCACCCUCCCUCUGUCUCCCAUCCUCUUCCUCCUCCCUCUGUCUCCCUCUCCCUCCUCCCUCUCUUUCCCAUUCUCCCCCUCCUCCCUCUCUUUCCCAUUCUCUCCCUCUUCCUUCUCUUUCCCAUUCUCUCCUUCCUCCCUCUUUCCCAUUCUCUCCCUCUGUCUCUCAUCCUCUCCUCCCCCGUCUCCCAUCCUCUCCCUCCUCCCUUUGUCUCCCUCUCCCUCCUCCCUCUGUCUCCCAACCUCUCUCUUCCUCCUCACGCUGUCUCCCAUCCUCUUCCUCCCUCUGUCCCUCCUCCCUCUGUCCUCCCUCCAAGAGCCGUGGGAUGAGCAUUGCUUCUGGGCUGUUGCCACCCUUGGCCUUUGGGCCUCCUCAGGCCAGUGGCCCCUGGGCAGAGCUCCCUAAUCUGCUGCAGCAGAGGCCCUGGGCCCAGGGCCAGGUGGUCUGAGAGGAAAGAUGGGCAGGGCAGGUGGCACAGGUCCCAGGCUUGAAGGCUGCUGAGCCCCGCCUUCAGCCUUCUCAGGACGAGUGUCCACUGGACAUCGGUCCCCCUUUCCUGCGUCCUCCUUUUUUAUCAGGCUUUCCUCUGGGGACAUAGGUCUCGGGCCUGUGCUCAGCGUGCCCCCUUUUUAUACGAACGUUUUUAUAUCCGUGCGCAUGGGUUUGCCACGGUGCAGGGCUGUUGCUGUAGUAUAUUUCUCCCCUGGGUCGGCGUCCCUCCCCUGUGCCUGACAAAGCCAGUUUGUUGUUCUUAUUAUGCAGGAUGGCCAGGGACAGCGGGGAGCCUGCCCUGGGAGGCUGUGGGAGGCAGGGCAGGCCUGGGAUGGAUGAAAUAAUGUCGGCAUUAUUUUUUAAUUUUUUUAAAAAUAAAUGGUAUCUUAUUUAA